AUGGAUGAUGAAGACGGCCGGUGCCUGCUAGAUGUAAUUUGCGAUCCUCAGGCCUUGAACGAUUUUUUACAUGGAUCCGAAAAGGUGAGCCACGACUCGUUUCUCCCCCUUCCCCGUGCUCGAGCUCAAUGCCUUCUUCUUUCUUCCCCCCUCCGACCCGCCAUCCCCCAGCUGCACGUCCAAGAGUCCUCCGGCAACCAUCUGAGCACCGAGCAGAGCCAGCCCACGACCAGUGUGGACCUUGACUUUUUAGAAGAUGACAUCCUGGGGUCACCGUCCAGCGGCGGGGCCAACCUGCAGAACUCGGACCAGCCCUGCGACAUCCUCCAGCAGAGCCUGCAAGAGGCGAACAUCACCGAGCAGACGCUGGAGGCGGAGGCCGAGCUGGACCUGGGCUCCUUCCAGCUUCCCACCCUGCAGCCGGUGGUGCAGACAGCCUCCGACGGCACCCCGCAGAUCUUCUCCAGCGGAGCCGACCUGAUCGGGCUGCAGCAACCCGCCGUCCUGACGCACCAAGCCCUGGUGCAGCAGUCGGUAGGAGCGGAUGUUGUCAACAAGGCCAUCAGCGUUCAGCCUUUCCUCCAGCAGGUCGGCUUGGGGAACGUCACCAUCCAGCCCAUCUCCAACCUCCAGGGUUUGCCCAACGGCAGCCCCAGCGGGACGCUGGGGAUCGGGCCGAUUCAGGUGGUCGGGCAGCAAGUGAUGGCCAUCAACCAGCCGGCUCAGCAGAUCAUCGCCAAGCAGGUUCAGCCCUCCCAAGUGGCCACCAUGCCCGUUGGCAGCUACAUCACCCAGACGGCGCCCGAGCAGCAGCAGGUCACCCUGGCCUCGACGGGGGUCUCUCCGCAAAGCGCCGGCCUCGUCAUCCAGAAGAACCUGCCGACGGUGGCCACCACGACGUUGAACGGGAACUCCAUGUUCGGGAGCGUCUCCGGGACUCAAGGCUCCCAGCCGCUCACCGUCACCUCCAACCUGAGCAGCCCCUUGGUGCAGGCCCAAAACGUCAUCAUUCACAGGACGCCCACCCCGAUUCAGCCCAAACCCGCGGGCGUCCUCCAGCAGAAACUCUACCAGAUCACCCCCAAGCCCUUCGGUUCCAACAACGCCACCCUGACCAUCCAGAACGAAGCCGCCCUGCAGCAGCAGAAGGCCCAGCAGAACCUGACCUUCAUGGCCAGCAAACCCGGGCAGAACGUGGUGCUGUCGGGCUUCCCCCAAGGGCUUCCAGCCAACGUCUUCAAGCAGCCGCCGUCGCCGCAGCCAUCCCUCAGACAGCCCAUGGGCGCUCAACCGCUCAGCAAGCCCUGGAGCGCCCACCUCCUGAACCAGGGCAGCAGCAUCGUCAUCCCGGCCCAGCACGUCCCGCAGGCCAUGCUGCAGGGCCAGAACCAGUUCCUCCUCCCCGGGCAGCUGGCGGGCGCCUCCGCCGUGCAGAUACCCCAGCAGCUCUCGGCCCUGCAGGCCAACAUGGGAGGGCAGAUCCUGACCACCUCCCACCCCGGCGGGCAAGCCCAUAUCAUAACUAGCCAAGGGCCGGGCGGACAGCUGAUAACCAACCAAGCCUUGCCGGCCCAGAUCCUCACCAACCAGAACAUCGCCAGCCAGCUGAACCUGGGCCAGGUGCUCACCUCGCAGAACGCCCACGGCACCGCUCACAUCCUCUCGGCUCCCAUCCAGCUCCAGCCCGGCCAGGUGGGUCAGCCGGCUCUCUUCCAGAUGCCCGUUUCGCUGGCGGGCAGCUUGACCACGCAGAGCCAGCCCUCCGUGGCCGCCUCGCUGGGCCAGACGGGGCAGACGGUGAUCCAGGGGGUGACGCUGCCCAACCAGGUGGCCAUGCUCAACGCCACCGAGAACCUCGGCCAGGCGGUGAGCAUCCAAGCCUCCGCCACCACCAGCAGCCAAAGCCCCGGCCUCGUCCAGCCGCAGCCCGCCUCGGGUGCCAGCCUGCUGCCCAGCGCCGACCAGUCCUCCAUCCUCACCGUCCAAACCGCCUCCCAGCCGCCCGCUCCGCUCCAGCUCAACGUGCCGCCGCCGCCACCUCCGCCGCCCGCCCAGCAGCCCGUGACUUCCCAGCCCAGCCCCAGCUUGGCCUCCAGCCCGGAGAAGAUCAUCCUGGGGCAGGCAGCCGCCGGAGCCGUCAUCAACCAGGAUUCCAUGCAGAUGUUCCUACAGCAGGCAAGUAGAGCCCCUCUGGGCGGCGGCCGCGGCGUUUGCGGCCCGUUGGGUGUUAGGAGACCGCCAGCGAGCGCGGCGGACUCCGGAGAGCCCCGCGUUCGGGCUCGCUUUACGCACCUCCUGCCGGGGAAGGGUUCCCCGAACCACCGGCACAGCCGAACCGCCCCGGGGUGGCAGAUGCUCGCAAAGAUGGAGCCGGUGCUGCCGGUGGAACCGCCACUCUGGGCCGGCCCGGGGCGCAUCGCCCACGUGCGGAGCAUGCUGCCGUACGGAAAACUGCUCCGGCAGCGGAAAACCGUGCGCUGGAGCGCAUCCUUCCAAGCUCUUCCUGUUGUCCGGUUUUCUCUGCCGGAUCUGCGCGUAGCCAACGAAACGGCCGCGGUUUUGCUUUCGAAGCGAAGCAGCCGGGUUUGCUCCGCUCGCCUUGGCGGAAAGGAGAGGGGAGAAGUGCUCCUCCGUGCCCGGCAGGAUGCUCCCUCCGGCAGCUCGGCGCCCAGAAUUAAGCGGACUCCGCUGCAGUUUCCAUCCCAGGGCCAGAUCAAACCCCCCACUCCCACCCACGCUCUCCACCUAACCGCGGAGCAGCAGAGGAGCUUUCCGAUGGUCCCGAGCCAAUUCCAACCCCUCCCGGCCAUCCCCAACCCCGCUCCUCAGCAGAAGCAAAUACUGGACAGGUUCCAGCAGGUAAAACAGGUGCCCCAGGGGAUCAUCCUGCAAGCGAAGCAGCAGCCUCCCACCAGCCAGGCUUCCCCCGCGCUCAGCCAGUUCAGCAGCCCGUCCUCCUCCGUCCUGGUGAGCGGCCAGGGGCAGCCGGUGGCGGUGACGACGACGCCAGCCGCCGCGCACAGCCACGCGCCCGCCGCCCUCCCGCCUUCCACCGCAGGCAUUACCGCCCCGGUUCCUGCAGAGAGCAAAGCCUUCUCCAGCGUUUCCACGCCGAUCUCUGCUGGGAAGGCGGCCGCAGCCCAGGGGAAGCCAGGAACGCCUCUCGCCAUACAGCAGCCGGUUCAGACUAAGCCUGGCGUGAUCAGUUCUGUCUCAGGCCUGAACCUGGGGAAAGGUCCCUUGCAGAUCCAGGUCGUGGGGAAAGGAUUAUCGCAGCUCGUGCCCUCGGUCCCCGUGCAAAGCCAGCAGCUGCAAGCCCGGGCUGGAGAAAGCCCCCAGAAAGCCCCGACACUACAGCCCAGCAAGGAAGCCUGUUUCCUGGAGCAGCUGCACAAACACCAGGGCGCGGUGCUGCACCCCGACUACAAGACCUCGUUCCGCUCCUUCGACGAUGCCUUGCAGCGGCUCCUGCCCUACCACGUCUACCAGGGGAUGCUGCCCUCCGCCCAGGACUACAGGAAGGUGGACGAGGAGUUCGAAGUGGUGUCCACCCAGCUGCUAAAGCGCACCCAAGCGAUGCUGAACAAGUACCGCCUGCUGCUCUUAGAGGAGUCUCGGAGAGUCAGUCCUUCUGCGGAGAUGGUGAUGAUCGACCGCAUGUUUAUACAGGAAGAAAAGACCAUGUUAGCGCUCGACAAGCAACUGGCGAAGGAGAAACCAGACGAGUACGUCUCCUCGUCCUCCCGCUCGCAGAGCCUCUCCUCCUCGGCGGCCCCGGCCUCCAUGAACGGGACCGUCGACCACGUCACCUCGGCUCCCGCCGAGAAGAAACCCAUCGUCACCUACUGCCGGCUCCCUCUUCGCAAGACCUACCGCGAGAACGUGGACGCUUUCGUGGCCGAGAAGCCCGCCGACGCCUGCCCCAAGGGCAGCGCCCCGAAAGCCGACAAACUCCCCGGCGCCCUCGUCGUCAAGCAGGAGGACGGGUCCCGGAGCGUCAUCACCUCCCACAAGAGCCAGGACAGCCCCUCGGCGGCGGCGGCUGCGGAGAAGAGCCGGCCGGAGGAGAGCUCCAAGCUCCUGUUCUUCAACAGGAGCGACGCCCGCUCCCUCGUCCUGCAGGACAGCCCGGCCCCGCCGAAGCCCGACGACUCCACCAGUGGCCUUAUGAAGGAGCUUGCGGAAGUCGAGGACGAGUUUUACCGCGGGAUGAUCAAACCGGAGCCCCCCGACCAGGGCUCGGGCUCUGAACUCGCCUGGGAGGUGCCGCUGCCCCCGGCCAAGCGCAGGAAGUCGGAGUCCUUCGAGGUGGACAACGCCAGCUUCUCCAGCGACAGCCCCCAGGACGACUCCCUCAACGAGCACCUACAGAGCGCCAUCGACAGCAUCCUCAACCUGCAGCAACCUCAGACUGGGGGCCAGAACGUCCGGACGCCUUCCUCCUCCUACAACUCCUCCUCCUCGCCCUUCUCCUCGCCCGUCCACCGUACGGACGCCUACCUUGCCCCUAAUCACAACGGCGGCCUUGGAGCAAGGACGUUGAACAGAUAA